CAGGCACGUGCUGGAAUGUUUACGUCCAGCCUCCAGCGGGCGGUGCCGGGCGGUACCGGGCGAAGCCUCGCAGUGACGUCACGGGGUCGCCACGCCCACACCCCGUUGCCCUGGAGACCGUUCCGCGCGCAGGCUGCUUUCCGCGCCGCCAUGAUGGCGAGGCGACACAAGCGGCUGCUGCUGGCCUGCGGAGGCUCGCUCGGCCUCUGCUGCGCCCUGGCGGCCGCCGUGGCCACCGGGCUACCGCUCUGGGUCGACGGAACCGUGCUUUGCCGGACCGGGGCCGAGCUGGUCAACGCUACCGGGGCCGAGCUGGACAAGUUCGUGGGCCGCCUGGCGUACGGACUCUUCCACGGGGAGAGGGUGAAGACGUGCGGCCUGGGAGGGAGAACCUCCCGCUUCUCAGUCUUUUCAGAACUAUUGGACGCCGUCCCAGCAGGUCUUCAUGUAACCAUCAUCUUUUUCUGCGGCGCCCUGGUGGUCUUCUCAUCCGUGUCCAGCGGCUUCUUCUUCUUCAACGCCUUUGGACGUCCUUACGAGACGCUGCACGGCCCUACGGGACUUUACUUGUGGACGUCCGUGUGCUGUCUUUGCAGCUUCCUGGUCCUGAUCCUGUUUGUGUCCGAGGUGAAAGUCCACCGUCUGUCCGAGCGCAUCGCCAACUUUAACGAAGUGGCCUUCGUCUUCCAGACGUACGGCGAGCGCUACGACGUUUCCUUCUGGCUUUUCCUCCUGGUCUUCCUCCUCCAAGGAGUCAACGUGGCACUGGUCCGACUGGCCGGCAUGCAGUUUCCCUUCCAGGGAACCAAAGACGUGGACCUGAACGGGGGCGCGGCCGACCUCAUGUACUAAUGUAACAGAAAACGGGGGCCAUUUUGAUUUUUCACCGUUUCCGAACCAAUACAAUAUUUAUUGUAACCAUUAGUGCUCCCACUCAAUUUUGGUGAACGUUAAAGGUCCCGGGGACCCAAAUGGUCUAGGUCAUUAAAGUGUUAAAAACAA